AUGAAGUUGCUUCUCUCCAUAGCUUUGGCAUUGGUAGCCACCAAUCCUAUUGAGGCGCAAUGUGACUAUAAUUUUUGCGGCGGUGGUGUCACGAAUCCUACCACCAUCAUCACAUCUCCUGGUGGAACCCAAGCUCCCUGUGCUCUUAUUCAAACUGGCAUCAACCUUGGUCAGGUGAGCGCUGAGCAAUGUUUAGGUCUCCCGGAAAUCGAAAAAACCUGUUGUCCAGCAGAUGGAUCUACAGGUGGAGAUUCCGGGGCAACCACGCAAACUUGUUUUGUCUGUGACGGUGACGUGACCUUUAACGAAGAAAAAACGUGGCGUGGUGAGAAAAUCUGUGCUUCUUUUGAUACCUCUCUAGCAGCUCUCCCUUCCGGAACAGUGUGCGACGCAGCCAAAGGAGCCGCAAAUCUCAACUUGAACAUGCCUUCAUUUUGUGAGUGCGAAGGUGCAGUCGCCCCCAAUCUUUGCAGUGUUUGUGGUGACAAUCAAGACGUUAACAUGGAUGCCAUAGUUCCCGAUACGAAUGGCCAGAUUACGUGUUCCGCAGGUGUCGAUUAUGUCAAACAUCUCAAGAACGAAGCGGCGUGUUCAGUAUUUGUUACUGAUUCAGUCAAGGCAACAUGCUGCGCGGAGAAAUCUGGUGCGCUUGGCUUGGCAUUGAGUAGUUUUGCCACAGUAUUGAUGGUGGUUGGUCUUGCUGUUGCAAUUUGA